AAACUUUUGAAGUGUUGGCUUUUUCUCUUAAAGAGAGAUCACACAGUCAUCAUUCUCUGUUUCAGGCCAAACAGAAAGUUCCUUCUUCAUCCGCUCACCAAGCUCUUUCAGAGAGAAGUGAAAGAUUCAAGACCCAAAUUCGAGCGCAAUUGGUCAGGGAAGAAGUGCUCGACGGCGAAUUGUUGUUGCGAAUUUCGACUAGCUUGGAACCUCCAUUAAAGCUUCAAAUGGAGAAGCUUCUGAGGCCAUAUGAUAAAGAACACAUGAAGUUGGCAAUGUUAAAGCAUGAAGAGACAUUCAGAGAGCAGGUUUAUGAACUUCAUCGUCUGUACCGAAUCCAGAAGGCAUUGAUGAAGAACUCUAAGAGCCGCAGCUGCAGCAUCCAUGGGGAAGGACUAAACCUAGAGAAAUCGAAUUACAUUAAUAGUCACAAUUCUAAUCCACUACCAAGCUCAAAGAUGAGCGUCAACUUUGAACGGCUGGCCGGUAUAUACAACAAUGCGGAACCGGAGGGAUUGGUCAGAGCUAAUUUGGAGAUUUUAGACGAGAGCGAGAUUGAGCUGACAUUAGGCCCGGCAAGCUUCAAGAACAGGAGGAGUAAGAAAACGGAUGCGGCGUUGACUUCCGAUUCCAGUCCAACCUUUUCUUCUUCCUCCUCGAGAUCGUCGAGCCACAAUGGGUCACAGUCCGGCACACAUCAGUUGAGUCCUCCUGUUCAGAUGCCUUAUGCCAACAAAGCUUCUGAAAAUCGCGGGAAAGGCGGAACCAGCGACGGAGUCGAAGAGGGCUUGAUUAGAAAGAGAGUCCUAAAACAGCCCCCUUGGCUUUUCCAGGUCUUGAGUUUGAACUCUAGUUAAGAGAAGUUAGAAUGAUUCUGGGAUUUCUCCAGCGAACUGUUUCCAGUAGACUAAUUUGGCCUCUGAUUGAUAAUUUGACGUGCGGAUCUUUUGCCUUUUUCAUUUCUUUCCUUUCCCACCUCUAUUUCUAGUCUAGUGGGUGGGAUUCUUGUUGUAAAAAAUUGCUCCUUUCUUUGGCUUGCAGAAAACCCGUGAAGAUUUCAGAAAAUAGUUAACAUCAGUUUAGCUUUGUCCAA